AGAAUCAAAUUACUAAUUUUGAACUGAAUCAUUAUGAUUUUGAAACAUCUAAUCCACAACAGCAACAAUAUUAUUUGUUAAAUGUGGACAAUGUACGACAAGCAGCAGAACGUUAUCUUUUCCAUCAUCUACAUAAUCAAAAUCAACAUCAAAAAAAUACAAAUUAUCGUCGUUUAAAUAAUAAUAACCAAAAAAUGAGUGAUGAUACUGAUCAUCAAAUGAAUAUCAAUAAUAAUAGUAAUAAUCAAAAACAAAAGGAUAUCCCAUCAGAACAAAAACAGCAGCAGAAUAUAAUAAAUGAUAAAAGUAGUUUAAAUACUGAUAAAAUAUUAUCUAGUCAACAAACAAAUACUGAAAAUUUAACGGAUAAAAUGUCCAUAUUAACAAUACAGCAUCAAUUUCAUCGGCCACCACCGCAACCAUCAACAUCAUCAUCAUCAUCCACACAGCUACCACAACCAUUAAUGAUUGACAAUGAUCAAUUAAAAUUAAUUGAUCAUCAAUCAUCGACAAAUGUUCAUUUAACUGGUCAUUCAUUUGAACAACUUCAUCACCAUAAUAAUCAUCAUCAAUGUUCACAACAAUCACCACCUAAAUCAUGGUCAUCAUCAACAACAAAUCCUAAGGACAAUCGUUAUAAUUUUGAACAACAACAACAGCAACAAUUACGAAAACAAAAACAAACGAAAAAAUUAUCAAAUAAACAUGAUCAAGAUAAUGACGGUAAUCAUAUAAAAGAAAUCAUAGAAGAACAUAGUGGUAAAGAGAAUCAAGAUCCAUCAUGUCAGCAGCAGCAGCAGCAACAACAACAACCACAACAACUAAUGACUAAAUCCAACAAAAAUGAUGACGAAAAUAAAUCAAACAAUGAAAAUAUCAAUAAGUCACAAAAUGUUCAGUGGCCAAGUAAGAUUUACCAACAAUUACAACAUCAACAAUCAGUGGCAGUUGAUGAAUAUUGUUGUAUGGAUGGAUCAUCGCCACCUCCUUCAACUUCGUUUUUAUUACAUCAUCAUCGUCAUCAUCAUCAUCAUCAUCUGGAUCAAGAACAUGAAGAAAAACAUGAUGAACGUCCUAUUGAUGUUGGCUGGGUUGGCGGUUGGGCAUCUGAUUUUGACAUUCUACUUAGUGAUUCAAUCGGUAUCAAAGCUUUUACUGAUUUUCUUCGUAAAGAAUUCAGCUACGAAAAUUUGCAAUUCUUUUUGGCCAUACAAGAGUUUAAAAAUCUUACUGAUCCAGAUGAGAUACGGAAAAAAUCUCAUGAAAUUUAUAAUAAAUUCAUUGCACUUUCGGCACCAGAACCUGUAAAUGUUGAUAGCAGAGCAAGAAAAUCUGUCGAAUCUGGCCUGAACAAUCCGAAUAACCGUAUAUUUUUGCUGGCAGAAGAACAAAUUUAUAAUUUAAUGAAAUUCGAUAGCUACGUACGUUUCCUCAAAUCAGAUAUUUAUGAAAAAUGUUCAUUGUUAGAUUUGAAAGGCGAAUCAUUGCCUUAUGAAAAUGAUGAUGCCAUUAUUGAUGAUACUAGCUGUGAUACGUUAUUGAAUUUGGCAUCAUCUUCGGCCAAUACUGUGAUGACAAGUGGACGAUCCGGUUAUCAUAGUGGUAAGAAUAAUCCGACCGCUGUUAAGAAACGACGAUCAUUUAUACCUUGGGCCCGAUUAAAAUCAUCAAUUAAUCAUAAAGCAGCAUCAUUAUCAUCGAUGGCUGCACCUUCAUCCACUAAAACCGACAUGUUUGGCUCAAAAAAACAAUAUAUGAUGAGAAAAUUAACCAAUUCAAUUCAUAAAAUCCGUUCAAAAUCAUUGGAUGAACAUUUGACAAAUCAUGUGAAUAAUAAAACACAACAAUCAAUUGGAUCUGAACCUCAUAGUAAUAAUUCAUCAAUUGAUAAAUCAUCCAUCAUUUCAAAUGGACAAAAAAAUCAAUUUAAUUCGGCUAGUCGUAGCUCAUUAAUGCCUAAUAGUUCUGAUUCAAUCGAUUCAUCUGAUCAUAAUGUAUUUCCACCAUCACCAGAUAAUUUGAAAUCAGUGGAAAUAGUUGAUGCAUCGUGUUCGCCACCAACUUCGAUACCAUCAACAAUAGAACAUUUGAAACGUCAUUCCGAAAGUGAUCCGGUUUCACCUGCGAAAUUCGUACCUUCAGCAGUUGCUACGUCUUUAACUUCAACAUCGACGACAGAAACUGCUGCCAAUAUUUCGAUUUUCCCAUCCUCAUCUUCUUCUUCAUCAUUCAAUCACAAUUGUAAUCGUGAUAAUUGUCAUUUCUUGCGUAUAGUUUUUCCUGACCGUUCACAAACAGUCGUUCCAUCAUCACCAAAUGAAACGAUUAAUAAUUUAUUGAAAAAGUUGUUUGAAAAACGUUCAUUAAAAUAUUUAGCUUGGGAUGUUUUCAUCACCGGUAAUGAAAAGCCAUUGGAUUUAUCCACAAAUACUACACAACUGGGAUGUGUUGAACUUCGUGUUGAACAACGUGUUAUAUUUCGUAUUGAAUUCCCAAGCCAGGAUAUUAUUGGCGUCAAGACACGACCAACAAAACUUUGUUCAGAAGUAUUUCAUCCAUUAUUGAUGCGUUAUGGUUAUCGACCAGAACAUACUGUAAUGACUAUUGCUGAAACAGAACAAAUAGUGCCACAAAUGUCACCGGUAUCAGUAAUUGAUGGCCAACAUAUUGUCGUCAGUUAUUUUGAUGAUCUUGAAGAAUGGGGUUGGGAUACAACAAGGAAUAACAUUCCAGUUGCAUUAAGUUUAGCUGGUAAAUCAUUUAGUGAGGAUAGCAGUAUAAAAUCUAAAAAAAAAGAUGAAAAAUCAAUGGGUGGCCAUGCAUUGAUCGAUCAACAUCAACAGGCAUCAUCUGUGCCAUCAGUGGCCACAUAUCAUAAUUUAGGUUCUAUUCGUGAUCAUUUGUUGGCCAGUAGAUAUAUUGCUGCCAAGAAUAAUCAAAGUAAUAAUUCAAAUCUCGAAUGCAGUCCACAACCAGAUUCAUAUGAUUCUCCUACAAAUACAUCUUCAUCGACUCCAGGUGAUGAUACACAAUCCGAUAUAUUUUUUCGUGAAUUAAUGAAAACUGCUCAUACGGUACCAUCACCACCACGUGGCCCAUCAUCAACAUCAACUUAUUCGGCUGCCUAUGGUAUUAUUAACAGCAGUUCUCCACCAAAUGAGACUAUUAAUCGUUCUCAACCACCCCAAACACCGAUUUCGAAUACAAAUCGAACAUCAUAUCGAUCAUCCAAUAUAACAAAUAAUUCAUCGCAACAACAGCAACAUCAUCAACGUAAUCAACCUCUUCGGGAUCUACAAAAUCAUCGACAUUUUAAAUCCUAUCAACCCAGUCCAUUGUCAUAUGAACCAGUGACUGUACCUAGAAGUCAAGAAAUGGCUCGAAAACAAAUGAUGCCCGAAACUGAAAUGAGUCAAUCUGUUUCAUCGAAUUCGUCACCAUCAAUUAAUACAUUACCGAUGAGUCAUACUAAUUAUCAACAUUCAUUAAUUAAUCAGCCGGUGUCCAUGCAGGAAUCCGACAAAUUAAUCUUGUUACAACCAGAAAAACCGCCAUUACGUCGUCAAAAAUCUGAUCCUCCAUGUCGACCACCACCAUUACCACCAAAAUCAAAUAACACCACGAAUAUGAUGAUCAAUACAAAUAAUAAAGACACAAACACCAUUUGUCCUCCACGACCCCCACCACGAACAUCAAUUUGUAGCCAUCAAAAUAAAUCAUUGACAAGUGAUAAUUGUCAAAAACAGUCCAGUUCAUCAACUACAUCGACCAAUCCUAGUGAUUCUAAUUUAGCUUGAUUAUUCUUGAAGUUUAUUUUGAAUGAUUUUUCAAAUGUUAUCAGUCAAUUAAAUAAUAGAAUCCAAUAUUUGUUUCUUUUUUUUACUGUUCAA